AUGGCCGCAGCGACUCCCGAGAAGCCCGACGCCGUCGCCCCUGCCGCCCCAGCCCCUACCCCGGCCCCGGCCGCACCAGCCGCGCCAACACCGGCAGCCGAGGCUGAGGCGCCCAAUGCCAAGUCCCAGUUGAAGGCCGUGAAGUCUGAGCGCUCCGACCUCAACGUCGCCGUGAAGCCGAAGGAGGAGGAGGCCGCGCCCACCCGCCUUGAUGUCCUGCGUGGUGAAGGCGCCAAGGUCAUCGCAGAUGUGCGCGCCAAGGCAGUUGAGGUGGUGGAGCUGGCGGCUGUGAAGGCACAAACCGCCAAGGUACGCGCGUUGGAUUCGGUCCACUCCUUGCAGACCAAAGCUGGGCAGAUCAGGCAAUCCGUUGUCACCUCCGCCUCCGAGGCGAAGGCUGGAUGCCGCCAGGGGUUGAACAAAUCUUACUUCUAUGGCUCUGAUUAUGGCUUUUAUGGGCUGAAGAAACCUUACUUCUAUGGCUCUUAUUAUGGCUUUUAUGGAUAUUGUGAUGACGGUCGGUAA